CGUCGCGCCGUGCGCUUCCGCGGCUGCAGGGUCGUCGAGUCCUCGUGGUGGGGCGUCUCUGCGGGCUUGGCGCGCUCCCUCCUCCACCGGGACCCUCUCUCAGCACCUGGCGGGAUCGCGGUGCAGCCGGAGAGUGGAGGGAGUGAAGAACUGAAUAUCACCAUGUCUGGAAUCAAGAGAACAAUUAAAGAAACUGACCCUGAUUAUGAAGAUAUAGCUGUGGCCCUUCCAAAUAAGCGACAAAAAGCAAUUGAGAAUUCAGCUCGAGAUGCUGCUGUCCAGAAGAUUGAGACUAUUAUCAAGGAACAAUUUGCUCUUGAAAUGAAAAAUAAAGAACAUGAAAUUGAAGUCAUUGACCAGCGAUUGAUUGAAGCAAGAAGGAUGAUGGAUAAACUUCGUGCCUGUAUUGUAGCAAACUACUAUGCUUCUGCAGGUCUUCUAAAAGUUUCUGAGGGAUCAAAGACAUGUGACACAAUGGUUUUUAAUCAUCCUGCUAUUAAGAAAUUUUUGGAAUCACCAUCGAGGUCAUCCUCUCCUACCAAUCAGAGAUCAGAAACACCAUCAGCUAAUCAUUCAGAAAGUGAUUCUUUAUCUCAACACAAUGACUUCUUAUCUGACAAAGAUAAUAACAGCAAUGUGGAUUUGGAGGAAAGACUCUCAAACAACACGGAGCAGAGACCAAGCCGAAAUACUGGAAGGGAUACUUCCAAUGUUACUGGCUCCCAUAAAACAGAACAACGGAAUACUGAUCUCACAGGAGAUGAGACCUCACGCCUUUUUGUAAAGAAAACAAUAGUUGUUGGUAAUGUGUCCAAGUAUAUACCUCCAGAUAAGAGAGAAGAAAACGACCAGUCAACCCAUAAAUGGAUGGUUUAUGUCCGAGGGUCCCGUAGAGAACCCAGCAUUAACCAUUUUGUCAAGAAAGUUUGGUUCUUCCUUCAUCCUAGCUAUAAGCCAAAUGACCUUGUGGAAGUUAGAGAACCUCCUUUCCACUUGACCAGAAGAGGAUGGGGUGAGUUUCCUGUCAGAGUUCAAGUUCACUUUAAGGACAGCCAGAACAAGCGGAUAGAUAUCAUACAUAAUCUGAAGCUGGAUAGAACUUACACAGGCUUGCAGACCCUCGGAGCAGAGACAGUAGUGGAUGUUGAACUCCAUCGGCAUUCUCUUGGAGAAGACUACAUUUAUCCUCAGUCCUCCGAAUCAGACAUCUCUGAUGCCCCUCCAUCUUUACCUUUGACCAUUCCAGCCCCCGUGAAAGCUUCCUCACCAAUAAAGCAGUCCCUUGAGCCAGUAGCUGAUGCCUCUGUGGAGAAAGGAUUCCUCGCCAACAUUGAAGCUGAGAGACCUGCUACAUUUUAUUCUUUAUCAUCUUCAUUGGAAAGAACACCCACCAAAGUGACAACAGCCCAGAAAGUUACCUUUUGUUCUCAUGGCAAUUCUGCUUUCCAGCCAAUAGCAUCAAGCUGCAAAAUUGUGCCACAAAGCCAGGUUCCUAAUCCUGAAUCACCUGGAAAAUCUUUCCAACCUAUCACCAUGAGCUGUAAGAUUGUGUCAGGUUCUCCAAUAUCAACUCCAAGUCCAUCACCACUGCCUCGAACCCCAACCUCCACUCCAGUCCAUGUGAAGCAAGGCACGACCAGCUCUGUUAUAAGUAAUCCUUACAUUAUCAUGGAUAAGCCUGGGCAGGUUAUUGGGGCCUCUACUACAAGUACAGGAAGUCCUACAAACAAGCUCUCUACGACUUCUCAGGUCCCUCAAGGAACAGCUUCCCCUAUCCCCAAAAUUCAUGGAAAUAGUUUUAUAACAUCUACUGUCAAGCAGGAAGAUUCUUUGUUCGCAUCCAUGCCACCUCUUUGCCCAAUUGGGAGUCACCCUAAGGUUCAAAGUCCCAAACCUAUAACUGGAGGACUUGGAGCUUUUACAAAAGUGAUCAUCAAACAGGAACCUGGGGAAGCUUCCCAUGUGCCCUCAACAGGAGCUGUCAGCCAGUCACCACUUCCUCAGUAUGUGACUGUGAAAGGAGGUCACAUGAUAGCUGUGUCCCCUCAAAAACAGGUUAUAAGUGCUGGAGAAGGAACUACCCAGUCACCGAAGAUUCAGCCAUCCAAGGUUGUUGGGGUGCCUGUUGGGUCUGCCUUACCCUCAACAGUAAAGCAGGCUGUGGCCAUCAGUGGUAGCCAAAUCCUUGUAGCCAAGACCAGCUCUUCUGUUGCCAAAGCAGUUGGUCCAAAGCAAGUAGUGACCCAAGGAGUUGCCAAAGCCAUUGUGAGUGGAGGUGGAGGAACCAUUGUUGCUCAGCCAGUGCAGACCAUAACCAAGGCUCAAGUCACUGCCACUGGACCUCAGAAGAGUGGAUCCCAGGGCUCAGUGAUGGCAACACUGCAACUACCAGCCACAAAUUUGGCCAAUUUGGCAAAUUUACCUCCAGGCACUAAACUCUACCUUACUACGAACAGCAAGAACCCUUCGGGAAAAGGAAAACUGCUGCUGAUUCCUCAAGGAGCCAUCCUGCGAGCAACCAACAAUGCUAACCUCCAGUCCAGCUCAGCAGCCAGCAGUGGUGGCAGCGCAGGAGGAGGAGGAAGUGGAGGCAGCAGUGGCGGUGGAGCAGGAGGAACCCAGAGUACCACCAGCCCUGGAGGAAUCUCCCAACACCUGACUUACACCUCCUACAUCCUCAAGCAAACUCCCCAGGGGACAUUUUUAGUUGGCCAGCCAUCACCCCAGACAUCUGGAAAACAACUGACUACUGGGUCAGUGGUCCAAGGUACCCUGGGAGUCAGCACAUCUUCUGCACAGGGACAGCAGACACUGAAAGUCAUCUCUGGACAGAAAACCACUUUGUUUACUCAGGCAGCUCCUGCUGGGCAGGCAUCUCUAAUGAAGAUAUCUGAUAGCACCUUGAAGACUGUGCCAUCGACUUCACAACUCUCAAAACCUGGAACCACAAUGCUGCGAGUAGCAGGAGGGGUUAUCACAACAGCUACCUCCCCAGCUGUGACCCUCUCAACAAAUGGUCCUGCUCAGCAGGCUGAAGGAACAGCCCCUGCUUCAUCGUCUACUAUUGGUUCUGUAAUGAAAACUGUUGGGCAGCCCCAAGUGUGUGUGAGCCAGGCCACCAUGGGAACCUGCAAGACUGCGACCCCCACUGUCGUCAGUGCCACAUCCCUGGUGUCCACACCAAACCCCAUCUCUGGGAAAGCCACAGUAUCAGGAUUGUUAAAGAUUCACUCCAGUCAGUCCAAUCCCCAGCAGGCUGUCCUGACAAUUCCCAGCCAACUGAAGCCUCUCAGUGUAAGCACCUCUGGAGGUGUACAGACUAUACUGAUGCCAGUGAAUAAAGUGGUUCAGUCAUUUUCUACCAGCAAGUCACCUACCAUAGUGCCUGUAGCAGCCCCAACUCCAGCUGUUCCUAGCUCUGCUCCAGCAGCUGUUGCAAAAGUGAAGACUGAACCAGAAACUCCUGGGCCAAGCUGCCUUUCACAGGAGGGUCAGACAACAGUGAAAACAGAAGAAAACUCUGAGCUGGGAAGCUAUGUCAUUAAGAUAGACCAUUUGGAGACUAUCCAGCAGCUCUUAACAGCAGUAGUAAAGAAGAUUCCACUUAUCACUGCAAAAAGUGAAGAUGCCAGCUGUUUUUCUGCAAAGUCUGUGGAGCAAUAUUAUAGCUGGAAUAUUGGGAAAAGGAGAGCUGCUGAGUGGCAAAGAGCAAUGACAAUGAGAAAAGUCUUACAAGAGAUACUGGAGAAGAAUCCAAGAUUUCACCACUUGACUCCCCUUAAAACCAAGCACAUUGCUCACUGGUGUCGCUGCCAUGGCUAUACCCCACCAGAUCCUGAGAGCCUGCGGAAUGAUGGGGACUCCAUUGAGGAUGUGCUCACCCAGAUCGACAGUGAGCCAGAGUGCCCAUCAUCUUUCUCCUCUGCCAACAACCUCUGCCGGAAACUGGAGGACCUGCAGCAGUUUCAGAAAAGGGAACCAGAGAAUGAGGAGGAGGUGGACAUCCUCAGCUUGUCAGAGCCAUUAAAGGCAAACAUCAAAAAAGAGCAGGAAGAGAAACAAGAAGAAAUUAAGUUCUACUUGCCACCAACUGUAGGCUCUGAAUUUGUUGGUGACAUCACACAGAAGAUUGGAAUCACCCUGCAGCCCGUGGCACUGCACAGGAAUGUGUAUGCAUCAGUGGUGGAGGACAUGAUCUUAAAGGCCACAGAGCAGCUGGUGAGUGACAUCUUGCGACAGGCGCUAGCUGUUGGAUACCGGGCAGCAUCUCACAACAGGAUUCCCAAAGAGAUUACAGUGAGUAAUAUCCACCAGGCCAUUUGCAGCAUUCCUUUUCUGGACUUCCUCACAAACAAACACAUGGGAAUAUUGAAUGAGGAUCCAUGAACACAGUGAACAUGCUCCUAGGAAAGCAAGUUUUGAAGCUCUCUGAAGUUCCUGAACUAUGGUGACUCUUUUGUUUGGAGAAGGUCAUUUUCUGUGGCACCCAAGCUAUGGCCUCUACCCACGUGAGUACCAGCAGUGUCCAGUGCAGAUGAAACCCUGUAGGACAGAUUCUGCUUCCGGGUUGUGGAAGAACAUGGAGUCAUACCUGCUCUGUCACCUUGCAUUCUUCACUCUUAUGGCUCCAGGAGCAGGGCUAGGCCAGUGUACCAGGCUCUCCCUCCCUCCCUCGCUGUGCUGGGGGAGAAUCCUCAGGAGGUAGAAGUGAAUGUGGCAGGCUAACGGUGUCACUCCCUUGGUUGGCUGGGGUUAUCAUGACGUAGUGGUAAGCUCCAUGUAAGCAAGUGGUCCUCUCCUACUUGGCCUAGCAGUGGAGGGCUGCCCUCAGCACAGGUGAGCCAGUUACAGGAGGCAGUGGUACCAUGCAAAACCACAAAGUCCUUGGAGGCUGUAUACUGAGCAAAAUUCUUUUUCUGUGGAGCCCAGGAGCAUGAUGGCAGUAAAGCAGCAUCACAAGGUGGCAGGCCCUCAGCAGAAGGCAGGAAGAGGUUUGACCAUGCCCAAGAUGCCGCAAGGAGGGGAUAGAGAGCAUCUAAAAUCCGAAGCUCCGGGGGGAGAAUCAUAGUGGUGCCCAGGUGUGUCAUGCCCCAGAUAUGUGGGCUGCGGGCCCUUCUGCUGUUUUCUCUAUGUGUGAAGCAGCCCUGGACAAGCUAGGCCAGCCUUAUUGGUCCUCAGUGGAUCUAGAACCCUGUUCUUCUCUGCCAAGGUUUUCCCCAAGUUGAAAAGUGUUUGACAGAAACACUGGUGAGUGCCUUUAAGGUGGAAGAAAUAACUACUCAAUUGCUCACGCCCAGAGGGGAGACGGCAGUGCUCAGAAACAAGCAGAGUCCCCCGACCCCCACCCCCAAGGAGAGAAAGAAGUAGGCAGAAGAGCAGUUAGCAGGGCCACUGCAGUGUCCAGAUCUGCAGGGGCCUUCCGAGGCUUCUCAUGGUUUAUAUCAGGAGGACAAAGGAAAGAACUUACUCUCAACUAGAAACCUGCUCAUAUUCUGCUUGAAGAAAAGUUGAAGCCUUUAAAUCAGAAUCAAGAAACUAUUCAAGCAGUGUAAUUUAGGUUUCAUGGCUCUCACACAUGUCUGUGUCAGGGAAAUAAAGCAGGGAGGUGGCUGGAUAAAAUCUACCUUAAUACAGCAUCUAAAAGUUACAAAUGCAGAAGAAAUCUAUUUGAUAGAGCUUAGGACACUCUUGGCACAUGUAUAUAUAAAUGUGACAGUACUGGGGGUUUGAACUCAGGGCUUUGAGCUUCCUAGGUUGGUGUGAUACUGCUGGGCCACACCUCCAUCCCUCUGGCUUAGUAAUAUUAAUUACUGGCUCGGUGAUAAUUAUGUCAGUACAUUAUGUCAGCGCAUGAGGUUGAGACAUUGUAUACAUAACCUGCCACAAGCAAGGCUGAUAGGCCGGUGAGUAGAUGUGGUCAACACCAGGACUAAGACCUACAGGGUGGAAGAGCCAAAUAAGAACAGAUUCAUAAUUUAGCACAGGUAUGAAAACCUAAGGAGAUUCCCAUUUAACAGUCUCCAUGUAUUAACAUUUUAACUGUAUUUCUAUCAUCAUUUGUAACCUAAUUGUGUAAGUCUACAAUAAACAUUUUAGUAUUUGUGA